CACAGUGCAUCACAAAUUAUAGUGUGUGUACAAAGUAAGUACAAUUGAAUUAAGUAUAACAACAAAGUAAUUUAAUUAAAUAUAUAUAUUAGUAUAUGUAUACAACAAUAUCUUUAUGUCUAUAUCCAUACAUACACAUAUAUAGUAUUAUAUGUUUCUCUCUCUCUCUCUCUCUCGCUCUUUCUUUAUAAAAAAUUAUAGCACAAGCACCCACACAUUGCCAACUCCAGCAUAUUUUCUUGCCUCCUUACUUCACAGCCUGUCAAGGCUGAAUUAUUAAGACCAUGAUUAUGAUUAUUUUUUUCUUAUGUGAGAGAGAAGAGUUGGAUUUGUUGUUUCUCUAAGUAACUAAAGAAAGAAAGAGAAAAAAAAAAAAAGAAGGAAAGUAGGAAGAAAAGAGAACCGGUUGUCUUUUCUUAUAUUUUCUGAGCUCCCAAACAGAUUUGCUGGUACAGCGGUGUCAAAGGAAUCUUCUCGGAAUUCACCACCACAAUCUUCAGGGCACUGUUUAGAUUGCUCCCUCAAAAUGGUACGGAAAGAUAGCUGAGAAAUUUCUUGGGAGAGCUUCUGAGAUAAUUUGCUACAGGCAGUGCUAUAGUCGUUUUUCUGAUAGGAUUUCGUCUACUGUGAUGAGUUAUGAUUUAGAGGUUUGUUCGAAGGAGAGGGAAAUUGGCAUGAAGGUGGAGAUUUAUCAAUGAGCUUCGUAGGUAUGGGAACCAAAAUUGAAUUUGCCAUCAAUCUUUUAGGAAGCUUACCAAAUAGCAAGCGCUUUACUGUGCAUGGUGUGGAUGAUUGGGACUAUUUCCAGAACAGUGGGGCAAACGUGAAGUAUUCAAAAAGCGAGUUGGAGGAAAUGAUUCAAAACUCCAUGGACAAGAACAAUUUGGAUUCCAUCAAGAAGACAAUGCAGAUGCAUGAAGAUAUCUUUAAGCACCAGGUAAGAGAACUGCACCGGCUGUAUAGCGUUCAGAAAAUGCUAAUGGAUGAGCUAAAGAAAGAAAUUAGGCAAGCCAAACUUUGGGAUCCUAUGAGUAGACCAGGUAUCAGCCACUCUCAGUUAAUUAACUGGCAACAAUCAGCAACCAAACAAGCUCCUGGAGCUAGCUUCCAUAUUCAUAGUUUGAGAGAUGAACUAAACUCUAGAGAGUGUAGUGGUAGUUGUUCUGGAGAUCCCAUGAGAGUCUCGAGGGGAUUUGAUCUCGAAAGGCCUGCAGAGGAAGACAUCUCUACAGGAGUCAGCGCUAUCGGUGAAAAUCCCAGAGGUCUAAACUCUAACAUUGUCCUCAAGAGUGGCAAGGAAGACGAUAGCGAAGUUGAGCUAACACUAAGCAUCGGAAGUAGCCAAAGUAAGAAGAAAUCAAAUUCCAUGACCCUCAAGGACAUUAAAGAACUUGAUUCAUCUGCUUCAUUUAAAUCGGAUAGGGGAGCAGAAUGCAGUGAUCCCACCACUCCAAUGAGCAGUUCCAGUGCAACAUUUGACCAAGAAAGAAAGCAGCCACAUUGGCUUUUCCAUGGUUUAAAGCUCAAAUAGGAUCACUUUAACUUCAACUUCAACUUGUAUGUGUGUGUAUCCUUGUAAAAUUUACACGAGCCAUUGAAUUUGUAAAUGGUUCAUGCAUGAUUGAAAUUCUAAUUUAGUUGCCACUUCAAUAAAUAGACAGUUCUGAAACCUCAUUUCUGAGCUAAGCUGUUGUAUAUAGGAUCACUUACAACUUUUAUAUUCAACUUUUCAGAUUAAUCA